AUGUAAUUUUGUACCGUUUAUCGAUAGUGUGUUAAAUUAUAGAUUUAUUCUUUAUUUUUUAUUUGUAUAAUUGUAUUUGAGAGUUGCGAGGGAUCGUUGGACUGUUUUAAUUAAGUUAAUUAUCAAUGAUACACAGAACUUAGUAGAGAAAGUAUCUUCUCUACAUUGUGGUGAUACGUAUAAAAAAUCACUGUAGUCAAACAAAGACAAAAAUAUAAAAUUAAGUUCAGAAAUUCAUACAAUUAAGGUAUCGUAGGUAAUAUAUUGGCUAACUCUUAUUGCAAUAUAAUUUAAGCCCAAAACGGUGAAACUAUCAAAUAUGAAAGUAGUUGGUGACGAAUCGGAUAUCCACAUCCCAUUUUAUGCAUAAAGAAGUAAUUUAUGUAUAAUAUUGAUGUCCAUGUAUCUAUCGUACAGUCGUUCGUAUCUAUAUAGUUAGGUUAGAUGUUGCUCGCGAUUCGUAAACGUGUUUACCGGGUGACGACACACGCUCAAUAUCAUUAAUCGUUUACACCCGCACGAUCGCCAUAAUUCGUAGGCACGUUGUUUAAAUUUUUGUCCAACGACUAAUGAAAAAAAUGGCCCCAACAACGGACAUCGAUCGACCAGCGACCGGCAGAGGAAAUUGGAAUACUAUGGAGACUGGAAUACUGGAUUGACCGGAACAUACGUUGAAAAACAUCCGUAGAUCGAAGUGAUUGAACAGUGUCGAAACAUUUCUGGGUGUACGUCGGGGGUACCUAUUUAGUGUUUAUUAUUAAUAUUUAUUAAUAUAUAGGUCUAUCGCAUCGUCCGUCCGGAUACGCGUUCUCUAAGGUAGUACGGUAUUAUAAUUGUGUCGAUAUUAUUGCGAGUGCGUGCGUGCGUAUAUCCCGUAGUUGGUAGUGGUGCAGCCUGCUAUGUAAUGUAUUAUUUUCUAUACUGCGAGCGGCGAACCUCAUCACUUUCGUGUCUGUGUCGAAGUCUCGUGUGUGUUUGUGUGUGUGUCUGUUUGUAAUUUUGUAUUUGUGUGUUCCUGUGUGCAAUGUGUAUGUUGGCUGCAUUCUAUCUUCCAUAGUGAAAUUGCUACUUUUAAACAAAAGGCUUUAAAAUUAGUUUUCAAUUUUUUCCUUGCGUAUACCUACAAAAUUGUUACUCAAUACGUUUCUGUCUGGUUUGGCAAUAUUGGCGCAGCGUAGCAACGACGACAGAUCAGAAGACGUGCAUCGAAGAAGAUAUUUGUUGUUUCCUUUUUGAAAAUUAUUAAACGGAUCACCCGCAGUAGCGUUGGUGGUAGUAGUGGUGUGGAGUGUGGACUACGUGACAUUUUCGAAAUGUGCGAUGGACGUCCAUCUUUCAAAACGCAAUCCUUGGCUCUUGACAAUGCAACGCACAUUUUCAAUUUCUAACGUUCAAUAAUUAUAUUAUAGAUUCGAUACAUUUUUUCAAUCAAGUUAAGUUAUUAUAGAAUUUUAUUGAAAGUGUUUUUAUCUCUGUUUAAGUAAGUAAUAAUAGUUAUUGUUUUUAUAUAUAUUCGUAUAUAUUAUCUAGGUAUAUACUAUAGCAUUAUAUUAAAAUGAGUGUAAAAAGAGAUGUUAAGUGUAAACUCGAAAUUGAUGAACCAAAACAAAAAGAAUGUCCUGAAGGAAAAUUUAUUGAUCCUGUCAGUCUUAUGGAAAAGGGCAAAUUCGUUUUCAAGGUACCACCAGAAGCUCCAGUUUUUGAGCCUACUGCUGAAGAAUUUAAAGAUCCAUUGAAAUAUAUUGCUAAAAUUAGAAGUGUAGCUCAAGAACAUGGAAUUUGUAAAAUUAAACCUCCAUCUAAUUGGCAUCCUCCAUUUUGCGUGGAUGUUGAUAACUUUAAAUUUACACCAAGGAUUCAAAAACUAAAUGAACUUGAUGCGAGUACUAGAGUUAAACUCAAUUUCUUGGAAAAAAUUGCCAAGUAUUGGCAUUUACAAGGGAUUCGUAUUAAAAUACCAGUAUUAGAACAAAGAGCUGUAGAUUUAUAUUCUCUUUAUAAAAUUGUAGAAUUUGAAGGUGGUUUUGAUGAAGUAUGUUUGGCAAAAAAAUGGGGAAAAGUGGCAAGUCGUAUGGGUUAUGUUUGUGAAAAAACCUCUGGUACGGUUUUGAAAAGUCAUCAUGAAAGGUGGCUUAAUCCAUUUUCACUUUUUCACGCUACCAUUAAAGAUGAAAUUUAUAACAAACCAAUAAAAAGAGAAAGUAAAGUUGUAAAUAUUAAAGAAGAAGGUUCUUCUGUUUCAAAUUCGCCUACUAAACGAGCUAGACUCAGCCCAGAUGAUGAGAAUGAAUCUGAUGAUUAUAUCAAGGAUCCAUUUUAUCUAAUGGAAAAUAAAGAAUUAAGAAAAUUACAAUUUUUUGGUGCUGGUCCUAAGAUGGCUGGAUUUAGUUCCAAGUAUUCUAAAAAGAGAAGUAAACCUGCUGUAGAUUAUUUGGAUAAAUAUUAUUGCCAAAAAUGUGGAAGUGGUAAAUCAGAAGAAACUAUAUUAAUUUGUGAUGGGUGUGAUUUAAGUUUCCACAUGCAAUGUUUAAUUAUACCAUUAACAAGUGUUCCCAAGGGUGAAUGGAGAUGUCAUAAAUGUGUGAUCAAUGAAGUUAUCAAGCCUAGUGAUGCUUUUGGAUUUGAACAAGCUCAGCGUGAGUACACACUUCAACAAUUUGGAGAAAUGGCAGAUCAAUUUAAAUCUAAAUAUUUUAACAUGCCGGUUCAUCUUGUGCCUACCAAGAAAGUUGAACAGGAGUAUUGGAAAAUUGUUUCGUCUAUUGAUUCCACAGUAAUAGCAGAAUAUGGUGCUGAUUUACACACUAUGGAUCAUGGAUCUGGAUUCCCUACAGGUCUUGCGCUUUGUGGAAAUGAAGAUAAUACUUUUUACAAGUCAUACAUAGAAGAUCGUUGGAAUUUAAAUAAUAUACCAAUACUUAAAGACUCUGUUCUUAGUUUUAUUAAUGCUGAUAUAUCUGGUAUGAAAAUUCCAUGGAUGUAUGUUGGAAUGUGUUUUUCCACAUUUUGCUGGCAUAAUGAAGAUCAUUGGAGCUACUCUAUUAACUAUUUACAUUGGGGAGAACCAAAAACAUGGUAUGGAGUUCCAGGAGCUUAUGCUGAAGCUUUCGAAGAAGUUAUGAAGGAGACAACACCAGAAUUAUUUCAUUCUCAGCCAGAUCUCUUACAUCAAUUGGUUACUAUUCUGAAUCCAAAUAUAUUGAUGAAAGCAAAUGUCCCAAUCUAUCGAACUGAUCAGAAUGCUGGAGAAUUUGUCGUUACUUUUCCGAGAUCUUACCAUACUGGAUUCAAUCAAGGAUAUAAUUUUGCUGAAGCUGUGAAUUUUGCUCCUGCUGAUUGGAUUUCAAUAGGUCGUGAAUGUGUUAACCAUUAUUCCUCUCUCAAACGAAUAUGUGUUUUUUCACAUGAUGAACUUAUAUGUAAAAUGGUUAACUCUUGUGAUGAUUUGGCACCAAAAGCAGCUGAACUCGUAUAUGAUGAUUUGAAUGAAAUGGUGAAGUUUGAAAGAGUUCAACGUAAAGCACUUUUAGAUUGGGGUGUCACUGAAGCAGAUUUUGUUGAAUUUGAACACCAGGUAGAUGACCUUAGACAAUGUAUGGUUUGUAAUACCACUCUAUAUGUAUCUGCUGUAUCCUGUUCUUGUGAUCCUAAAAGACUGGCAUGUCUUCGGCAUUUUAAACAACUUUGUGAUUGUCCUGCACAAAUGCACGUGUUCAAAUAUAGGUACACCCUUGAUGAAUUUCCACCUUUACUACGAAAGGUUAAAGCUAAAGCUGAACAAGCUUAUGAUGAUUGAAUAUAUUUCCGUUUUUUUUUUUUUUUUUAUGGCUGAAAACAAUUUAAGCAGUUAUUGACAAAUAUAUCCAUAAUAUGAAAAUAAAGAAACAAAUA